AUGGCUACUGUCAUAACUUCCGGGUGGGCUGCAUUCCUUUUCUUUCUGACAUUUACUUUUGCGCAGAGUAUUCCCGCGGUUGAUUACGACGCCAUAAUCGUCGGAGGCGGUCCCGCGGGCCUUAGUGCGCUGAGCAGUUUAUCCAGAGUACGAAGAACAGCUUUGCUGGUCGAUUCGGGAAUUUACCGUAAUGGUCUAACAAGAUUUAUAAACGAUAUUAUUGGUGCAGAUGGCGUCGCUCCCUCUGCCUUCAGACACAAAGCGCGAAAACAAAUUGCAAGAUAUGCAACUGCAGAAAUGCGAAAUGGGACGGUAUUGCAUAUCACACAAGUGAACAAUGUCACCGGCCAACUACCAUACUUUAAUGUAAAUAUCAACUUCACAGACACAAUACCCCCUUCAAUUGUCAAUAGGAGGGCACGGAAGAUAGUCCUCGCCACGGGAAUUGAAGACAUUCUCCCCAAUACACCAGGUAUCGAUGAAGCCUGGAGUCGAGGCAUAUAUUGGUGUCCCUGGUGUGACGGCUUUGAGCACCGCGAUCAGCCCCUUGGGAUCAUAGGAAAUGCCACACGUUUUCGACACAGUAUAAUGGAAGUAGCCACCCUAAAUCACGACAUCAUGGCAUUCAUGAAUGGCACCGAACUUCCGGACGAUCAAAUCAAGCAUUUCGAAACCCAUUACCACAUCCAUUAUAAGUUCGACAUCAUCAAGAACAUAACUCGCGUUCAGGAUGGCGCAACACAUUUUAGUGCUCAGAAUCGAUCCCAAUUCGACAUCUUUACAGUCCAUUUCCACGGGGAUACUCAACCUGUCAACCGCUCUGCUUUCGUAACGAACUUUGAGUCAAAGCAGCGGUCAGACUUGCCGUACAAGCUAGGUCUGAAAAUGGCGGGUAUAAAUAUCGACAACGACAUCCAUGGGAUGCUAACCAGUACACCUGGAGUGUAUGCCGUGGGGGAUUGCAAUAAUGACCGCAGCACGAAUGUUCCUCAUGCAAUGUUCAGCGGGAAGCGAGCUGCUAUCACCAUACAUAUUUCCAUGGAAGAAGAAAAUUCGACAGCCAUGAGUCCUGAAAUCGGGAAACGUACCCAACCCUUAUCCAGUCGAGAGCUAGAGGCGUUAAUCGAAAGGAAAAUUGGAAAUGAGUUUGAGGCUUUGUGGCCCAUAAGACGGGAAUACUGA